CGCAAAGAUCAGUAGUCUCGUCUUGACAACACUACAAGCAACAUGAACACUAAGAUCUUGAUCGUUUUGGCCGUGGCAGCUCUGGCAGCAGCAGACAGCCGCAGCCGGGAAACCUUCUCAUAUGCUGCCCCUCGUACUUACUCAGCGGAGUCCCUUGAGUCUACUGAGGCUAAGUACAACUUCCAAUGGGCCGUCAGUGACGACUCCUCCAGCAACGAGUUCAACCACCAGGAGGCCCGCGACAACGACAACACCCAGGGGUCGUACUACGUGCACCUUCCCGACGGUCGUGUGCAAAGGGUGACUUACCGCGUGGAUGGUGACUCAGGCUACGUCGCUGAGGUCAGCUAUGAGGGUGAGGCUCAGUACCCCGAGUCUGAUGAGUCUCGGGAAUAUGCCCCACCCAGGCGCAGCUACUAUGACUCCAAUGAGUCAAACUAAACACUUGUCUAGUUUACUGCGUUCCUUACAGACCCAAAUUAUUUAUUGAAGAUGAUAUAAUUAUUUAUUCAGCUAUGUUCUUACAUAGCAAUAAAGACAAAGCAAUGA